CUUCCUCCCUGCCCAUGCCGAGCGCCGUGCUCUCUGCUCACCUGUGCCGUUGCCCAGCUCGCGGCGCUCCCGGCCUGUUUGGCCAUGGCCACCGCGCCAUGGAGCCUCCCUGAUUUUCCUGACCACGCGCUGUUCUUAUCCCUGCGCGCCGACCGUUUCUUCCGUGUGCCAUGGAGUUUCUUCUCCCUGGCCGAUUCCAUCUUCCCCAGCCGCGCAGCUCGUCGGUGUUCAUCCCCUACGCCGCGCCCUGCCCUCUGCUCGCUGCGUCCGUCCGGAGCUCUCUCCCUGGCUCGGUCCAGCUCGCCGUGGAGCUUCCUCGUCGCCCUGGCUCGGAUCCAGCGCCCUGCCUCCCUCUCCUAUGGUGGCCGAGUUCCUCUCCUGUGCGCGCGCGUCCCCAGCCCCUGCUCUGCUCAUCCAUGGCCGCACGCUCCUCCGGCACGCGGAGCUCUUCCCUACUUCCGUUCUGGCCGCGCCCUGGCCCCUGCUCGGACGGCGCUCGAACUGCCCUGCUCCCAGUUUUCUCUGCGCGCUGCUUUUUCUUCCUCUCAGCCGAACUCCUCCACCGUACAGCGCCCAGUCGAGCGCUCCUCCUUCCAUCAGCCGGAAGCUUUCUCCAGCCCUGGAGCUCCUGCGCGUCCCCUGAUUUCCCCCGCCGCGCAGCUCCUGGCUCGCCCCUGCGUUCGCCAUGGCGAUUCCCUCUGCUGGCGCUUGACCGCUCGGCCCUGCCCCAACGCCGGGCAUCGCCUGCUCCCCUCAUCGCGCGUCGUGCGUCUUCCUUUUGUCAACCCGACGUGGGCUCUGUCCGUCAGCUGAGUGCUUGAUGCUCGUGCUCAGUCAUCUACAGCAGUUUGCUUGGUGGCGGCUCGCCGUGGUCGUUGUUUGCUGCUCGUGGCCGUCGUCUCCUUCUCAACAUCUUCGUGUCGUCCAGUGUGCUUGACUUUGUCUUGUCGUAAAACCACAACGCCGUCGAGCGUCGCUGCCAUCACAAAGUUCCCUGCUGUCAGUCUCUGCACCCGUCCUAUACCGUUGUAAAACUCUAGUGUUUGUCGCUGAUAUCCGAUCGUCUCCAACCUUUAUCUUGCUGUCGUCGUUCGGUCACCCCGUCUCGAUGUCGGUCUCUACGUGAUGUCUCUGAAUUGUGAUCGCACGGACAAAAGAAUUCCCAAGAGAAGAUGUCCAAAGAUUGGAUGGUGGUGUGCGUGAAGUUCGUGUGGCACCUACCAAGCGCUCGGCAAAUUAUUGAAAUCGGAAAAUCACUAUCGAUCCCGCGGAUUCGAGUCAGCUGUUGAAACGGUAAGCUGAUGAAUUAUUCAGAAUAGUUCGAUCGUUGAAUAAAUUAAUGUGCUAGUGUGAUGUUCAUUAGGUGCUCGAU